CGCAGCGGGAUCUAGCUAACGCUAGCUAGCUCCAUCAUUUAGCUAAGCAGACAACUAAACUAGACAGCUUGCUGUUUAUUUUAGCUGCCUUACUAAAACUGAUCAUACACCGAAUUUUCGUCAGCUGAUGUACCAGCCUCUCAUAAGUAUCUGUUAAAUUAUUCUGUCAAAAUCGGAUUAAAUAGCCAUUUAAUUACCAGAUUACAUUGUUUGUACUCCUGUGUUAUAAGACAGCCAGCUAACCGGAUUCUAGCCAGCACAACGACAUUAUUUCUGUACAGAAUAGUUAUAAAAAUGCUUUUAUUAGUUUAAUAUUUUACUUUAACAUAACCGUCUAGAUUCGGUUUUACUACACAAGGAAGUAGCUAAGCAACUGCUGCACGUGACGUCCUGGUGAACGCCAAUACUCAGAUUAUAACUCAGCAACAAUGAUAAUAAUAUAACUCAGCAACAAUGAUAAUAGUGAAGAGGUUAUCGCAGGUUAGAGGCUGAAUGAUAAAUAACAACGUGAACGCCCCGUUAGUGAGCAGCACCCGUGCACCACACACGCCUGCUCCAGCAUGGACGCUGCGCGGUCCACACCGCAUCCUCCUGCCUGUUCACAGACAGAGGAUGAAACUCCUGUGCAGCAUUGCCUUGCCAUGGAUCAGGCUGUGGUCAGGGACGCAGACAGCCCAGGCACCACCCUCCCCGAGGAUGUGGUAGCAUUCGUCCCACGGGCGCCAUGCCUGAUCGACGCCUGCACCAACACGGAUCGGCCGCACAUGUGCUGCGCCUGGCUGCGACGGUGGUGCCGCUGCCCCCCACACGGGCGCCCUGCUCUCCUCAUCACUAAAGUGGUUAUGGCUGCGGUGUCGUUCGGGGUGGUGUGGUCUAUCACCGAGAAGGAGUGUCUCCCCGGAGGCAACCUGUUUGGCGUCUUUGCUGUGUUCGGCUGUGCUGUCGCUGGAGGGAAGCUGGUGGGGUUCCUCCACCUCCCCAGACUACCACCUCUCCCUCCACUCCUCGGCAUGCUGUUAGCAGGGGUGCUACUCAGAAACAUCCCAGUGGUGACAGAGGCCAUCUAUAUCGACUAUCGCUGGUCUGCCUCUCUGAGGAACAUCGCCCUCUCUAUAAUCCUGGCCAGAGCUGGCUUGGGCUUGGAUGCCAAGGCCCUCAGGAAGCUGAGAGCAGUGUGUGUGCGUCUGGCUGUUGGUCCAUGCCUCAUAGAAGCGUCCACUGUUGCACUAGUUUCUCACUUCUUCAUGGGACUGCCCUGGAUCUGGGGUUUUAUACUGGGGUUCGUCCUGGGGGCCGUGUCCCCAGCGGUGGUGGUCCCUUCCAUGCUGCUCCUGCAGAAGGAUGGCUACGGCCUAGAGCAGGGCAUCCCCACGCUGCUGAUGGCAGCCGGCAGCUUCGACGAUAUCCUGGCCAUCACUGGCUUCACCACGUGCUUGAGCGUAGCAUUUGCUACAGGUUCUACGUGGUUCAACUUACUCAUAGGGCUUUUGGAGGUGAUAGGCGGGAUGACUGCUGGUGUAGGCCUCGGUUUCUUUCUUCGCUUUUUCCCGAGCAGAGACCAGAAAAGCCUGGUGAACAAGCGCUCAUUCCUGCUGGUGGGCCUGUGCUUGUUCGCUGUGUUUGGCAGUAAUGUCUUUGGCUUCCCAGGCUCUGGGGGCCUGUGCACCCUGGUGCUGGCCUUCCUCGCUGGAGUGGGAUGGGGCCCAGACAAGGUCCCUGUAGAGGACAUUGUGAGCAAAGUGUGGGAUGUGUUCCAACCUCUUCUCUUUGGGCUCAUUGGUGCGGAGAUCAACAUUGGGGCCCUGGACCCCAUCACUGUGGGCUUUGGCCUUGCAACCCUCUGUAUUUCCCUGACUGUGCGUAUUGUCUUCACCUACAUCAUGGUCCUUUGUGCUGGCUUCAACUUCAGAGAGAAGUUGUUUGUCGCUCUGGCCUGGAUGCCAAAGGCCACUGUUCAGGCCGCCAUCGGCUCGACGGCGCUGGAUAUGGCGCGGGGCCGACAGGACGAGGCAGCGCAGCACUACGGAAUGAAGGUGCUGGCCGUAGCCGUGCUCUCCAUCCUGAUCACCGCCCCCACCGGCGCCCUGCUCAUCGGCCUGUGUGGCCCACGGCUGCUGCAGAAACCCAAGAGUCCCGAGUGGGCUGUGAGUCACGGUGCACUGUCGGCAACGGACACACCGGUCACCUACGAGAGCGCAAUAUGAGGAACUUUCCAGAACCAAGUCUGCCUGAACGCAGAUGUGGCCAUAUCCAGCAGUCGUCCUCCACAGCUCAAGAUGGUCCUCUGAA